GUCGACUGCGCAUGCGCAGUGGGCAGCAGCGGUUCUUUAGCGAUGGCGGCAAUGGAGGCGAGCAAGAUGGCGUCUCCUAAGAGCGCUCCUAAAGAUGCUCAGGUGAUGGCCCAGAUCCUGAAAGAUAUGGGGAUUACGGAGUAUGAGCCACGGGUUAUAAACCAGAUGCUGGAGUUUGCAUACAGGUACGUGACAACCAUCUUAGAAGAUGCCAAGAUUUAUUCAAGUCAUGCCAAGAAGUCCAGUGUGGAUGCAGAUGAUGUCCGGUUGGCCAUCCAGUGCAGGACAGACCAGUCCUUCACCUCUCCUCCUCCACGAGAUUUUUUGCUGGAUAUCGCAAGACAGAAAAACCAGACGCCUUUGCCACUGAUUAAACCAUACUCUGGGCCAAGGUUGCCCCCAGACCGAUACUGCCUGACAGCACCAAAUUACAGGCUGAGGUCCUUACAGAAAAAGGUCUCUUCCUCUGCUGGAAGGAUAACUGUGCCACGACUCAGUGUUGGAGCUGUGACCAGCCGUCCCAGUACACCCACUUUAGGAACGCCUUCAGCGCAGGCCAUGUCGGUUUCGGCAAAAGUCGGGACACCCGUCUCCCUGACAGGCCAGAGGUUCACCGUGCAGAUCCCCACGUCUCAAACGUCAGUAAAAUCAGCAACGCCCACCACUCCGACGGUUCAGAACGUGCUGAUCAACCCAUCCCUGAUCGGAUCCAAGAACAUCCUCAUCACCACCAACAUGGUCUCGUCGCAGGGUGUGCCUGGCGAGUCGAACGCGUUGAAAAGGAAACACGAGGAUGAGGACGAUUAUGACAACUUGUGAGGGGAACACCGAGACGGUUAGGUGUCCCUCAGGCCAGAUUUCAUUUCAUUUUUUGCUUUGGACUUCGUAUGUAAGAAGCCUUUUUGCUGGCCAGGGGCCACUCUUUUUAAGGCCAUGUUGGCAUUUGGGAGUUACAAGAGGCCUCCGUUUACUGGGGAAUCUUACCCAUCAUUGGAAGGAAGGAAAUAAUCUGAACAGAACUCAGCUCUGAAAGCUCUGGACCAGAAGCGAAUAGUUGAAGCUGCCCUCAAAGGCAAAUUUGGUAGUUAAAGAGGCCUUUGGGAGUUAAAGUUUGAAAGGACGGGUUUGAAGGCCUCUCUUUCUUGCAAGCUUCCUGUUUUGAGGCCUAAAGAAACUGAACCUAAAUCCUGCUUUUCAUGGUUCUAGGUCGGAACCCUAUGAAACUACUGGAUGGGGAGGAGUGUUUGUAUUUGCCUUUGGUGGGAUUAUAAAUUGUGUUUUUGCU